UAUCGCACUUCUUAAUUGUCUCGUUGCAGAGAAGCGAACGUGUUCGGAGAUGGAGUUUGCAUGUGCAAAUGGCCACUGCAUACCAAGCCGGUGGCAGUGUGACAACGAGCCCGACUGCGACGACCGCUCGGACGAGGACUUGGCUAUCUGCAAGAAUAAGACCUGCUCUCCAGACCAGUUCGCUUGCAAGUCUCAUGAAGGCGUCUGCAUUCCGAUCACAUGGCGGUGCGACGGUCAGGAGGACUGCAUUGAUGGCUCCGACGAGAAAGACCACUGCUCUGCGGUGACAUGCACACAAGAGGAAUUCUCGUGCAACAACGGCAAGUGCAUCACUCAGCGCUGGAAAUGUGACCAGGAUGAUGAUUGCGGUGACGGCAGCGACGAGAAAGGAUGUCCGAACGUGACAUGCUCGAGUGCCGAGUUCAUGUGCUCCAACGGACGCUGCAUUCCGGACCGGUGGAGGUGUGACCGCGACGUCGAUUGCCUCGACGGGUCUGAUGAACGCAACUGUCCGACGGACCGGCCCAGCACGUGCAAGGAGCGAGAGUUCCAAUGCGCCAACGGCAGUCGACUGCGUGCAUGCUUCAGUGGCAGUGCGACGGCGACCCCGACUGUCCCGACGAGUCUGAUGAGGCCUAACUGCACCAACACCUGCCGGCCGGACCAGUUCCAGUGUGCCAACAUGCACUGCAUCCCAGGACAGCUGGAGUGCAAUGGGCAAGCCGAGUGUCACGACGGCUCGGACGAGGACCACUGCAACACCACCAAGCCGUGCGACCCGCACACAGAGUUUGACUGCGGAGGCAACCACUGCAUCCCCAAGGCACUCGUGUGCGAUGGCAAGAACGACUGCGGUGCGUAUGAGGACGAGCCCAAGGGCAGGUGCCACGAGAACGAGUGCGCCAAGGACAACGGCGGAUGCUCGGACAUUUGUCGCGAUGACCCGGUCGGGUUCCACUGCGAGUGCAAGCCAGGAUUCAGGCUCACGGAGGACGGCAAGACAUGCGACGAUGUCGAUGAGUGUGCUACUCCGGGAUCGUGCUCGCAGACCUGUAUCAACACCAAGGGCGGGUUCAAGUGCGAGUGCAUUGAGGGUUACAUGCUAGAGCCAAGGGAUCACCACCGAUGCAAGGCCAAAGAGGGUGUGCCCUACCUGCUUUUUGCUAACCGAAACGACAUUCGCAAGAUCAACCUGGAGACCGGUGAAUACGUCGAGGUGGUGUCCAAGUUGAGGAGCACCAUUGCCACCGACUACAUCUACCGCACUGGAACGGUCAUCUGGUCCGACACCGUUGAUGAAGUCAUUAGCAGUGCACCCAUUGACAAGGGAACCCCUGUCAAGGUGAUAAUUGACAAGGACCUUCACGUUGCUGAUGGCCUGGCCGUCGAUUGGAUCUACAACCACAUUUACUGGACGGACACGGCUCAGAACCGCAUCUCCGUUGCGGACCUGGAUGGACGCAUGCGACGGGCACUCUUCUCCGAGGAACUCGACGAGCCACGUGCGAUCGUUGUUAACCCACUGGAAGGCUGGAUGUUCUGGACCGACUGGGGCAAGCAGCCAAAGAUCGAGCGGGCUGGCAUGGAUGGCUCGCACCGAUCGGCUAUUGUCACCACGGACAUUCUCUGGCCCAACGGACUUACAAUUGACUUUUUGACGAAGCGGCUGUUCUGGGUUGAUGCCAAGCUACACCUGAUCAGCAGUGCCGACUACGACGGAAGCCACCGCCGAGUUGUCCUCUCUACACCACUAUUUGUGAAGCAUCCGUUCUCCAUUGAUGUCUUCGAGGACUGGCUGUAUUGGACUGACUGGGAGUCUGAGGUGAUCAACAAAGUGAACAAGUUUACUGGCCAGAACCUUACCCACAUUGCCAACGGGGUCUUCUCGCCCAUGGAUGUCCACGUCUACCACAGCUACAAGCAACCGCAAGGCGUCAACCACUGUGAGCGGGCCAAUGGCAUGUGUUCCCACUUCUGCCUCCCGGCACCGAUCCUGAGCAUCCACUCGGCACGCUACACGUGCGCCUGCCCCAACGGCAUGGAACUCCAGGAAGACGGGCGCAACUGCAGGAUUAUGGCGGUACAAACGUUACCACCCGCAACCAGUGGGAAAGUCCCCACUGUGCCGGCAGUCACGGAUGAGAGCGUGGUGUACAACACGAGCCACGCCACCGGUGAGGGAGUCCCUGGGCACGCGGAGUCGGCGCUGGACCGUCGCAACCUGUUCUCGCAGCUGGGUUCGGGACACAUUGCAGGCAUCGUCAUGGGCGUUCUCGGCAGCCUGGCUGUCGUCAUCACCCUGGUGGCGUACCUUGUGUACCGACAGUACCUGAGGAGGAACAUUACAAGCAUGAACUUUGACAACCCGGUGUACAGGAAGACAACAGAAGACCAGUUUAGCUUAGAAAAGAACCAGUACCAGCCAGCCAGGGCUUACCCCCCGAGCAUGGAACCAUUGACAUCACCAGGCACAAAUGAAUUUGUAUAGUCGCCUACCCGCUAGAAGUGUGAAGAGCCACAUUUUUCGUGGUCGGGACAUUAUUUUGCAAUUAGAGAGCAAGACUUUGAUUUUUUUUUUUCUUCGGCCACAAGUGGUGUGUGCGUGUGUGCCAGGAAAGACUGCCUCGUGAGGCACCAAGCCCCAUCAAGGAAAGCGGCCUCAAGUCGAGGCCGAGAGCGAGAGCAGGACUUUGAGCUCCUGCCGAGUAUAUUGGUGUCGUCUGUUCGCAGAGUGUCGCAAAGUUGAUUCGGACCGUCUGUCGCCAUUCAUGCAGGUUCUUCGGCAGGGUAGUGACUCAGAAAAACUGACUGGUGCGCGACUGGUUGGACACCGGUCGCUUUCCGUACACCCCUGUCGUGAGUGCUGCCGAACAUCGUCAUGUUACCGAUGCCUAGACCGGCAAUCCAGCAUUGAAAUUGCUCCUUGAGCUAUCCAUCGUCUGGUGGCCAGCUGCCACUUCCAAGACAUCAUGAGGUCUUUACCAUACUAAGUCGAAAAGCUUGUGCUGGUGUUGCAGACUUACGUUGUUCCUUGAAGCAGACAGUACUGUGUCUGCAAGCGACAGACUCGAACUCACAUCUUGUAGCAUACGAUCAUUUGUGCAAGCAUAUGGUGGACCUGAAUUUCUGCAGCAGACGGCGAAUGAGCUUAAUGGUAAGCAGCAGAACUGUCAUCGCUGCGGAACAGCCGUCUGCGCAGGAACCUGGUGCGUCUGGUUCAUGGUGGCUCGGUAGCAGACGACCGCAUCGAGAUUGUGCAGCGGACCGAUUGAUCACAGUGGCCUCGCGGCAGACGAUGUGGGACUGUGCGAGAGUGAAGGUGUUGAGACUGUUGUGUGUCUCUGUUGGGUAAUGAACGCGACGAGUGUUGAAUGUGCCGAAGGUGCGACGGGGGAGGGUGUGUGCAAGCCCGCGAUGGUGGCAUGGGAGUGCUGUUUCCUGUUCACCAUAGCUAAACCGGGACUCACUAUUUUGGUGUCUUUCCCUGUACAUCAUGCCGCUUGUGUGUAUUGCGCGAGGGCAUCUCCUAUCUCGCGAGGCAUUGUACAUUGUGCGAGUUCAAGAAUGCGCAAAGCUAGUGUGGCCAGGGAGACCCUAAAGCUAAGCAAAACGGAAGAAAAGAUGUUAAAAAAAAAAAACAUAACCACGUCCGUCUGGGGACUGACCAAGCAUUUGGCAUUGCAUUCACACGUGAGCGAUCGGUCGAUUUGUGAAAUCGAACGAGCGAGCGACUGUUAUUUAUUUUCAGUUUAUCAUCGAUCUUAAUGCAUCGAGGUUGUGGGUUGGGUUGGGAGAAACUGUUUUGUAGGUUGUGUUCUUUGAGAGUCUCUUUUGGGUAGUCUUUGUUUUUAGUUCUUCUUUUUUUCGAGUUGGAGGGAUUAUUUAUUUCAUUGCACCACCUUUUGCACCGAGUGAAAAAAAAUAUAUAUAUCCAUUUGUUUCUCAUGAGUAUAGGAUGUGAUGUGAGCUUUAGGUGCUCAAGACUGGACGAUGUUGCAGAAUCUCCCUGGUACUUUUUGUUUUGGCCGGCGCGGAGACAACGAAUCGAACAAGCUUUUAAAAACUCCUUUUUUUUUUUUUUUUUGCAAGCAGCGUGAUUGACAUGUGGCAGGAGGGCGAAGAAAAUUCAUAGCUUAAAGACACAGUCAUUGUCGAACCACAAGACAGCGAAGCAUAUCCAAGUGGUUCUCGUGGCUUUGUGUGAAUGUGGGCAAUUUCUUUUAGCCCUCCUUGUACAGUAGCAUCGUGAGAUUGUUGAAAACCGCUGUUUUUGUGCAACUGUAGAAAAAAAAAUGUGACAACUUAACUUAUUGACAGUUUCAUUAUAUGUAUAGACAUAUACACCUGUGUUCGAAUGCAGAGGCAGCGCUUACUACUAUAAUUAUAACUACGAUUAGCUAUUCUCGCCGAGCUUUCUCGGCAGAGCAGGGGCCCACACGUGUUCAGUUUUAUUUUGUGGCAGCAAUUUACACUAGCCAUAUAUUAAAGGAAAGCAAAAUCUCGCACUGUGUUCCUUUAGCACAUCUCGCCCAUAUGUUCCAGCAGGCGCAUUUUAUUUCAUUUCUGAAAGUGCUGCGCUUCGUUGAUUAUAUUUCCCGAAAGGGCCGGUGCAUUGGCUGCAUGUCUCAUAAAAACAGCUUUUGAAUGUUAGAACCACGUCAUUUCUUUCUGGUUGCACGUGGCGCGGUCAUUUGGACGUUGUGUGUCCCACCAGUAUUGAACGCUGAGAGUUAGCACUCGCGAGCCACAGCUUUUAGAGUUUCCGCCCGUUGGCCUCGCGAAGUCACCAAAGUGACAGAAUAUUCUCGCUUGCUUGUUGCUCACUGGCAAUUCGCAUCAAUGCCUUUGACGUGUUUGCCGUCAAAACGUGCAACGAAUGCCGACAAUGAAAAGUCGGUGAAUUUCAUUUGAAUGUGCGCUUCAAGUCAGCUGCCCGAAACUUGUUAGCACUGCAUUUUGAUGAACUUAAACUUCCUUCACAAUGAGUAAUCGCAAACGUUCUAAAAGGUGUACAUAGGCAAGCUUUUUUUUGUUUUUUUCAACCACCCUCAUGCAUUAACCCCAGACAAGUAACUAUCCUAACCAUCAAAGCAAGCUUUUAAGUUUGCCGACUUUCAGCAACGCAGGGCUGCUUGAAUUAAUCUUAUGUUGGCCAGAGGCUUACUCCUUAUCAUCGACCCGAACUUGGCGGUCCGAAACGUGAAAUUUUGUUGACAGCAGUUAUCACGAAAGCUUGUAGUACUUGUUUUUUUUUUCUAUGCCUGUUUUCUUUUUAUUGAUAUUCAUCAGGCCGUCUUAAUGUGCCAGCAUAUUGCUGGCACAUUGGUGUGCUGUCGGCGUUUGCACCUGUUGUCGAAAUUGCACCUCAAACUCUUACUACUAUAAUUUUCCAAAGACCCUCGCACUUUUAGCCUCGCCCUUCCCUCUUAAAACGAAGGAUUGUUGACUUAACGUUUAUUGUCGCUGUUGAACGCAAGACGCCCUUGCGUCUCGCAACUUGUGUGGCAUGCGACGCCUCUCGCUGUUGCUUUUCUUACGUUUCACUCGUCUUGUUUUCGAAAAAAUCUCUUGAAUCUCUCAUUGCAGCGUUUUGUUUUAUUUUUGUUCUUUUUUUUCCCAAGUUGCACUCGGCUACACAGAAGUUCCUGUUAAAAACACCAUGUUCUGACCUUGUACGUGUUCCCCACCCUCCCUACAUGUUCGUUUCGAUCAGUCUCGGAAUCUAGUGCUUUGUGAUAUAUACAUAUACAUAUAUAUAUAUAAUUGAACGCAGCAGUUGUUUGCUAAAAAGCUGCGUAUGUGGCCUGUUGUGUAUAUCUAUUUUUUUUUCCUUACCAUUUUUGUUCCUUCUUGCAUCUGUAUACAUAGCAGUCAGUGUACUGGUCAUUCCUGUUCUCAAAUUUAGUCGCCGCUAAAGCGUGCGAUUAGGUUCCAGUCCUCCUCCCCUUCUUUUUUUUCUUUUGUACAUAGAUGUCUACCCAAGUGUAAGGUAUAAAAUAAAACGAAUCUGAUUUCACUAAGUAAAAGAAA